AUGGCACCAAUAUGGGAGUCAUUGUCAAAUAAUAACUCAAAUGACCAUAAAUCAGUGAUAUUGCUAUUUCUUGGCUGGCCACAAAUAAGAUGUUCAGAGGAUGCUGACUUAAAGAAUGAAGAGAUCUUCGACCAACUUGCAACUGCCUCGGAGACCGUAGUACACGCUAUAAAACCGAAUGAAGACUCAAAGGACCUUGAAGAACAGCUCUCGAGCAUAUCGUCGUCAACGGUACACUAUGAAAAUUCUAACGGCUUUGUCCCUGUAUUACGAUCCGUCUCGCCAUCCGUCUUGUACGAACUCGACUCGUCACAGACCAAUGACUACGAGCAGGAGAGAUCUGAAGAAAGCAACGUGACGAAAGCCGACGAUAGGCUAAAUGAGUUCGAGUUGCUGAAGGUGAACAACGACACCCCUGCGGUAGCUAAUUACCAAGAUUUUUACGAGAACGUGCACAGCAUAGCGAACACCGAAACCGACAGUCAGUUCGAUAAAUUUUCGAGGCGUCCGAACAGCGAGAGGGGAAAGAGAUAUGAGAACCACACCCGUAAUUACGAUUGGCAGUCGCAACAAAACAAUGAUGCGGAUAUCUAUGCUCAAUUCUAUUACAAUAACGCUCAAGAUACAAAGAAAACUUUUUACGGGCAGGAGAAAGUUGUUGAUAAUUAUCAGCAGCAGAAUACUGCGAACUACAAUGGACUGAGUGCGGCCAAGCAGAAUGCAGAAGCGAUCCCGUCCUCAUCAAGGACGAAUUAUGAAGCUAACGAACUCGCGCAUAGCGGAACUUAUGGUGAUGCCGCGAAAUUGUCGAGGACACACCAUAGAUUCAUGAAGCCGGUUGUCGUCGCCGAGCCAAGUAAUCAUAAAAUGGAAAUAAAAUUCAGCAGACAGCUGAAAGACAACGAGUCUGAUAAUGAUGAGAAAAUUUUGAAAAACUCAGAAUUUUCUAACUUACAGACUUACGAUACUUACAACAAUAACAAUAGGCAGCGUAGUUAUCAACGCACGGAAGACUCUGAAGAGAUCUCAGAUGAGAGCACGGAUUACUCCGAUUAUAUCGAACGGCUGAGAUUGAGAGCGCAAAAAAAUCGGAAACGUCCUGAUUCCGUUAGAAAACAACUCUCCAAAGAGCAUCGAGAUACAUUGAAUGAGAACACGGAUGAGGGCAAGUAUAACUCUGCAAAAUUAAAAUCGCAGCGGCACAGAACGAAGGCGAAUCCAUGGCUCAAUGAUCCCAGCACGAAUCACCAUGACGAGAGCAUCGAAGACAUUCGACACGAUUCCAGAGUCACCAGCGCAAAAACGAAGAAAGUUCAUGGAUCAAAGAAUACCAACACGUGGAGUCAAAUAUCUCCGAAUCUCGAAGUCUCUCAGUCCAACGGAAUAGAGUUGAAUCAGCUGGAGAAACCGAAAUACAUUGUUAAUCUCGUGCCCGUAGGAAACUUCGAUCACGCAACUGCGUUAGGUGGUAGCCAGGGUUUCGACAUGUCUAAUGCUAUGUUGCAGAAUCUCGCUACCGUCGCGCCAAUUGGUGCAUUCAGCACGACAACGUCUCUCUUGAGUACGCCUCAGCCAGUCCUUACUCAGAAUUUGGCUGUAUCGAAGAACCUGGUAUCCACGCCAAUACCCGAUAUCAUCGUUGGCCAGAACACUUUUCAAAAUCCCGUGCAGACGGUUCUGCUCUCACAUCCGAGCGGUCCAAAUAAGAUCGUAAAUACUCUGAGAGCGACUUACGUUCCGAGCACUAUGACACCUGUAUUUGCCCUCACGCCGAGCUUGACCCCGGCGCUGCAGAGCUUGAAUGUUCACGGUAUGCAGAGCAAUGUAACACCACAAACGACCUUCACCGUGUUGCCGCAGCCGACUAUUCAGACGUACCCAAGUUUUCUACAGACACCACUGCAGGGAACUCAAAUCCAGGUGAAUUCCCACGGACUGCAAGGUCAGAAUUUGAUAAAUCAUGGUAAUUUACAGGUACAGAGUGCGUCGGCAAUGCCCACUCUGCUGUCCAGCCAAACGACGAUGCCAGAAAGUAGAGCCAACUUGGAAAUGCAGAGCAAGAAGAACGUAUAUCCUACUUCCGGAGGGAACUUUCUCGCUACCGCGAGUCUAGCCGUCGGCCAGAAUGGACAAAAGCAGGCGGCUAAUGUUAACUCGUAUUAUGUUCAGAGUCAGAAUACGCAGCUAAUUCCGAUUCAACAGAAUUUACAGGAACUGCAAGCUCAAAUGAAUAAGCAACUAGUGAAGGGUGGUAGACUGUCCGGCAUUGUGUUGCAGGCCGCUGACAGCACGACUAGUCACUCAAUUAAUAAUUUAAAUAUGCUGGGAGCAGCAGCGGCAAACGCUCAUCUUCCGAAUGUAGGUGCGAAGACCGUAGAAAUCGUGAAUCCAAACAUUAAACCCAGUCCUCUCAAUGUGAAUGCCUAUCAAGCGAUGCAUUAUCCGGCUACUGUUUUGACGACACCCAUCCCAAUUUUCAGUACAAUCGCCUCAGCUACUCCACAAACCAUUUUGCACAAUUACAUGAACUCUCUGACAGAGUCUGGAGCCAAACCUAAGCAAGUGGAUCUCAAACUUAUGCAGUCUCAGGAAUCAGUAUUUAAUCCCAUCAAUUUCGUCCCUAACGUUGACAUUAUCAAAAACCAAAAUGCUCUUAACAAUAAGUUGUCAACAAACGAACCCCUUCAGCCAGGUUUAAAUCUGGUGCCCGCCGUGCCCGGCGGGAACUUUUUUAAACCGCAUUCAGGGCAAACCGAACUGAUCAUGAAACCGAAGCUUACGUCGGACUUGCAGAAUUAUGCUGAGGAAAUGUUCAAAGAAUCCUUGAAGACGAUGUACAACUCGCAGAAGUGGAACAACGAUAGAAGACCGGCAAACAUUCCGGUCCAGAAUAAUUCCGAAGCGAGUGAUUUAGCCAAACUAAAACAUGAAUUGCAAAAGUUAAAAUCUUCCUUAACGGAGUCCAAGUAUAGAGACAUUCUUGAAGCACAUCAGAGCGAGAACAACAUACACACAAGUGACGUACCCAACUCUUCAGGCGGUAAAAAAAAAUUGGAUCCUCUAUUGGAGACUUUGGAACAUUUGCUAAAGACGCGACCCGCGGGACCAAUACAUAUUUAUCACAGCGCCGUUAAACCUGGUCGUAAACCUAAAUUGGAAGAUACAAACUUUGCUGCGAGUUCCAACUAUGAUUUUAAUGACGAUAGCUAUUUGGAAUUUCUUACGCCACCCAGACCGGAUGCAUUUCGUUCAAAAGUUCCCUUCCACGAUAAGCAGAUGAAGAAAAAACGACCUGGAUCGAGAUUUAAGAAUGGCCCAAGGAAAUGGAGAUCAAAUAAAGGCUCCAAUGGACUAGAAACAUCUGCUAGUAAUAUAGAAAUGUAUCUGGAUAGACCGCAUGCUUACGCACGUAAGCCGCCUAAAGAUUUCGAUACUGAAAACUUCGACUACGACUCUAGGCAUCGGUCGUUUCUUGAUUCUUAUUCAACGUUCACCACGCCGACACCGGAAAGCCUUAGUAAAAUCUUAAGGGAAAUGAAAAGUAAUACAGAAUAUGAUAUCAAUCACCCUAGAAUGCACAAUCUUCUUGGUAUGUUAAUGAAGAACAAACAGUUGCCAAAUAGAGGCGCGCAGAACUAUUUUCGCAACAAGAAUCAAUUAAGACAAUUCUUCGAGAGAGACAGGCGUCGGUUACAGCAACAGUUCUACGCUAAUACUUUCAGGGAUUAUAUAGACAAGUCCGAUAUCGUUUCGCAGCCUACUUCGGUUGCUAACGAGAAUGUCUAUUCGGCGAACGAUACCGCGUAAAUUUGUAAUCAAAAGCAAGGCGUCAAUCACGCGAUGCGUUCGCUGGAUUUGCGCAUAAAAUCUGAGAAAAAUACACUGAGAAAAAUUUUUGAUUAAAAAUGGACGUAUCAGAAAAUUCUAAUUACAUUAA